AUGGCUACAUGCGAAGCAAGCAAAUCUGGUGGAGUCCAGUUCCUCUUUGAUUUGAGGAUCGUGUUAUUGGGAAACAGAGCAGCAGGGAAAACCUCUUUGGCAAACCUAAUAACAGGUCAUGCGGAGCCUCAUCUGAGAAGAACUGCUCAGUGUGUGAAGAUGCAUGGAGAUUUUGCCGGAAGGCAGGUCACUGUAGUUGAUACGCCAGGCUGGUGGAAGAACUACUUGGUAAAAGAAACCCCUGAGUUUCAAAAACAAGAGAUUGUGCUAAGCAUGGCUCAUUGUCCUCCUGGGCCCCAUGCGAUUCUCCUAGUUAUUCGCGUUGAUGCUUUAUUCAAAGAAAAGCACAGGAGGUCAGCGCAGGAACACCUGGAGCUUCUGAGCGAGAGAGUCUGGAGUCGGGCUAUGGUUGUGUUCACUUAUAGAGACCAGAUACAAGAACAAACUCUAGCGAAAGGCAUUGGAAGUGAAGCGGAAUCGCUUCUGCUUUGGCUGGUGGAGAAAUGCGGACAUAGAUAUCAUGUUAUCAAUACUGAGAGAUCCACUGGUACGCAACUUACUAGGCUAUUAGAGAAAAUAGAUGCCAUGGUCAUGGGAAAUGUCGGCUGUCAUUUUAAGAUGGACAGUAAGUGGUUGCACAAAUUGAAGGGAAUAAUAUCGAAGAGAAACUUGAGAGCAAACCAGAGGGGCAAGAUGGUACAGGAUCAAUGGGAGUCUCUGCUUGUACGACAAGGUACUGUAAGAACCUGA